AUGUCGAUGCCAUUUAGCACCCCGCCCUCGACGGCGAAGGACCCUCUGUCGCCAUUCAGGAUCGCUGUUCCGCAGGCCAAGCUUGUUGAGCUCGAAACAUUGUUGAAGAUAGCCAAGUUCGCACCGCAUACAUACGAGAAUUCCCAAACAGACCGUCGUUAUGGUGUUGGCACUGAUUGGCUAAUGACCAUGCGGGAUCUGUGGCUGCGGUCGUAUAGCUGGAGAGCGACCGAGGAUCGGAUCAAUAGCUUCCCUCAUUUUACUAUGGAUGUGAAUGGGGUCAAUAUCCAUUUUGUAGGUCUAUUUUCGCAGAAGAAAGAUGCCGUUCCUAUUCUGUUGAUCCACGGAUGGCCUGGAAGCUUCUUGGAAUUCUUGCCAAUCUUACAAAAGUUUGAGGACGCAUAUACACCUGAGACGCUACCCUAUCACUUGGUCGUACCUUCAUUGCCGGGUUAUGCCUUUUCCUCUGGUCCUCCAUUGGAUAGGGAUUUUGGCGUGGGUGAUGUUGCUAUUAUUUUAGAUCAACUGAUGAAACAGAUUGGAUUUGAGACUGGCUAUGUGGCCCAUGGUGGUGAUAUCGGCAGUCGAAUUGCGCGAAAUUUGGGAGUGGACCAUGAAAGCUGCAAGGCUGUUCACGUCAACUUGGUUCUCAUGAAACGCCCGGACAAUAUGACAGACGACCUUCUCAACGCCCAUGAAAUCGAAGGCAUCGAAAAGAUGCAAUACUUCACGGCAUUCGGCUGUGGAUAUGCAACUGAGCAGGGCACUCGGCCUAGCACCAUUGGCCAUGUUGUAUCGUCAAGCCCUCUUGCUCUUCUGGCAUGGGUCGGCGAGAAAUUUCUAGAAUGGGUUGAUGAUCCUCUCGCCAUACACGACAUCUUGGAAUCUGUGACACUAUAUUGGCUGACGGAGACGUUCGCUCGGGCUAUUUACGUUUAUCGACAAAAUUAUCCACCUCCGCCUAUUCCAUCUGCCAAUGACCCCCGCUGGUUUAUCCACAAGCCAUUUGGGUAUUCAUCUUUCCCUAUGGAGAUCGCUCCGCUGCCGCGAUCCUGGAUUGAGACGACCGGUAAUCUGGUUUUCUAUGAACGACAUCAGAAGGGUGGCCACUUUGCGGCCCUAGAGCAGCCGGAUCAGCUGAAGUCAGACUUGACUAAGUUUGUUGACCAGAUAUGGCCAGGCAUUACUGGCACUGACUGUAUCGGUGCUUCUUGA